AUGGAAGACAGAACGCGUUUAACAAAUGAUCAUUCGAUAAAAUUAUUCAUUCAACGUGACUAUUCCGAAGGUACAGCUGUGAAAUUCCAGGAACGUUUUCCAGGAGAACUAGAAGGACAUAUCAAUCGUGACGAAUUCAUCGGUAUUCUUCGCGAUAUAAACGGCUUCUUUCGCGAUGCAGAAGCGUUAUCAUGUUCAACAUUUACGGAAAAUUGCUGUGCUUGCUUGACAGGUUAUUUACUUCUACUCUGUAUGCCAACUCAUUAUGAAAAGUGUGUUAAACGAGCAGCAAAAUAUAUUGAAGAGAAAAAUAAACGUGUGCUCAAUCAUCAUGGAAUAUAUAUGGUCGAUCCAAUGGAGAAAGGACUUCGUUGCAUUGAAGUGUGCAUUUCCAAUGCUCAUCGGUAA